CUUCAUGCAGUCUGCAGAGGUGCAUUGUGGGAAACUCCCAAGUUAUUCCUCCCCUCACCCUCCCCCCUUUUCUGCCUUCCUCCCUCCCUCCUCUCUGCGCAAGAGCCAGCUCCCAAGGUGGGAUUCCUGCAGCCAGAGGACAGAAGGUGCUGUAUCAUGCCCAGAUAGGACACCGUCAGCCUUAAGAAUCAUCUCCCGAGGACCACUCCAAGGGCUUGAGCUCAGGUGGUUCCUCUGCCUUCUCCAGCAGCCAGGCAAAGGAGAAGACCUGGGAGUAGCCCCACGCUCGUGGUGCCCGGCCACAACCCUCGGCGCCGGCGGCGAUGGAUUCCAAAGGCAACGUCCGCAGCGGAAACAAACCUGACGCCAAGGCGCCCGGCUCUGGAAAGGCAGAAAAGCCCAACCCUGGGCCCACCACCAACGCAGACAAGAAGGAGACCCCCAAAGAGCAGCCAACUCCUGCCGCCGCCACCAAGAAGACAGGAGGGGACGCCGCCGUCGCCAACAACCACAGCAACCUGAAGCCCAGCCCCGCUGCCGGCGAGACGCAAGAGGCCGCCGGGCAGUCCCCUGACUCGGACCACAAGGGCAACAGCUCGGAGGAGGCGGCAGGCAGCUUCUUCGACAACAUGAAGCCCUUGAUCAUCGUGGGAGGAGUGGCGGUGGCGGCGCUGGCGGUGAUCGUGGGAGUGGCCUUCCUAGCCCGGAAAAAAUGAAGACCCAAGACGGGGGGUGGGGAGGGGAUGAGCUGAGACCCAACCCAGCUGUACAGCUCCUUUUGAGACAAAUGCAUGCAGAGCAAUUCUAUACUUAACCUUAUAUCUAUAGAGAGAGCGAGCUAGAUAGGUCAACAACCAACACCAACUGCAACUCCAAGAGUCUUGUUCGAGACAGUGCCAGUUUGGCCCAGUGUGGGUAACUCCAUGCACUCAGUGUGUUCUUUCAUGUAAUGUAUCUUGGCUUAUACCACUGUGGAUAGAUGACAGCUUCUCCUGACCAGUGUCAAUGACGGUGUCCCCUCCCCUCCCCUGCUGUCCUCCCCUGGAGACACAUCCCAUACCCCCCUCCCCCAACCUGCCCCUCUCUUGCAAUCCCCUGUUUUCAAGUCCAAAGUGUUCUAUGUCCCAUCCCCUCCCCCCCUUUCCUACUUUGUGUUUUGGGUUCGGUUUGGUUUGGUUUGAAGUUGGGUUGUGGUGAAGGUGAUGGAAGGGGAGACGGAGCCUCUCGCUCAGACUCGGUUUGCCCAUCAUGGUGUGUUGGGCUGUAUCCAGCACCCCCUGGGCAAUGGCAGGCAGAAGGCAGCUCCCUGACCCAAAGAGCAAAGUGUGAUCUCUGAUCAGUGUCUCAUGUACCUGCUGCUCAUCAGCCCACCCUGAAAAACCUGACUGGCAGGGGCCCCACAGUACCUGGGCUGGCUGCAGCUGGAGGAUGAGGCUGCAGCAUGGUCGGGCUGAGCAUGCAGCUUGGGACAUCACAUCAAGAAGAAAUUCCUUACAGUGAGGAUGGAGAGACACUGGAACAGGUUGCCCUGGGAGGUUGUGGAUGCCCCCUCCCUGGAGGUGUUUGAGGCCAGGUUGGACAGGGCCUUGAGCAACCUGGUCCGGUGGAAGGUGUUCCUGCCCGUGGUGGUGAGGUUGGAAGAUGAUCUUUAAGGUCCCUUCCAACACAAACCAUUUGAUGACUCUAUGAAGUCAUUUCUCUGGCUGAGCUGCCACCUUGGGAGGUGAGCAGAGGGGCUGUGCUGUGACCAACAGCAGAUAGCAGCAGCACGUGGAGGUAGCUGGAGAAGUCCUGUGCAGAGCUCAGGCAGCAGCUGCCACCUGCUUGGUUUCUUGCAGGCUGGCAGCCUUCAGUAUCCCAUGGCUUGCUGAGGUCCUACUGGGGGUGUUUGGGAGAUAGAGAGGCUUUGUUUUGGAUCUAGUAUUUCCUAAAGUUAGGCUGGGCUUUGCAGGGUGCUGUGGCCUCAGCCCAAAUGUCUUCAAGGUCAGCUGGACUCUUUCUGUUCAUUUCUUUAGGAUGUGCAUCAGGCUUUCACCUGAUUCAAUGUUUUCCCCCACUGAAGGCUGUGAUCUCUUGGUACCUGGGGAAGUGGGGGGAAAGGGAGAUGUGAGCUGAUUUUAGGGGCAGAGAGGAUCUGGGACCUGCUUCAUACCAGGGAAACCCUGUUCAAGGGGAGCCUGUCCUAAGGUGGGUUCUUACCUUCCUUCUAUGACAGUCACAGGAUUUUGGGACUUCUCCAAGCUUUGGAAAUAGAAACAAAUUCCCAGGCCCCAGGAACAGCCUGGUUUCCCUGGUGAGUACCUUGGCUCUGAAGCCAGAUUUUGUGAGGGGGAGAAGGAAGCAGGCAAUGAGAGAAGGUGCUUGGUGCAUUGGCUGAUGAUGUUCUCCUAACCCAAGAGAUGGGCAGAUCUUGCUCUGAAAGUUUCCAUUGGGGCCACCCUUGCUGCUGUGCUAAUACCAAAAAGUCUUGCAAAAAGGACCUUACAUCUUGGGUUUUAAAUGAGG